AUUUCAACUCAUGUAAACUGGUGGAGUUUUCCUGCGGAUGUUUCGCUCGAAAAUAUAUAAUUAAUAACAGGACAAAGGAUUAUCUUCUUUUAGCGCCAAAACUGUUCUUUUUCUUAUUUUUUCCGACUGCAUAUGAUCAAAAAUUGUUUUGAGCGAGAUUUUUUAUACCCUGACAUCGACUAUUUAUCCUAUCUUUCGUUAGAAGACAUGCCUGCAGUCAAUCUGAGUUUUCGGAUUGCUCUACAAUGAACAAAAUCGUGAUUUCUACUAUUUUUGUUUUUUGGUGCCUAAACUUAGGUCUGCUAGUUGUCAUCAAGUAUUGACAUUUUUUAUCAAAAUUUGCUUUCAGAUUUGAUUACAAGCGGCCCUGUUAUCAAGAAUGAUCGGAAGAAAGACGAAAUUGAAAUGGGUAAAUAUCUCUUAAGCAUCUCACUAAGCUUAGUUAUAGGCGUAUAACGCAUUUGGAUAAAUAAUCUAACUAAAUAUUAAGUGUCCAAAAUGUGGUACACGGUUAAUGAUCGAUUAGCGAAGAGGAAAGAGCCUGUCGAGAGAGCUCCAAUAGACGAUGACGGUUUGUGGUGGAAAUCUCGUGUUAUUAUAGCGUGUACCGUAAUUGCCUCCUUGGAAAUUGUUAUUGUAAUUGUCAUGAUUAUAUAUUGGCGACAAAUUCGAUUCUAUUUUACUAAAAUUCAUUGCCCAUGUGAUGACUAUCUGUAUGAAAGGAGAAUGAGAAGAGAAUUGAAUAGGGUUGUGCCACCUUCCGACAUCACUAUGGAAGAUAGACAAAGUCGAAGGACUUCCCAGAGGCCUAUACCUACUGUGCAGCUACAAGCAAGGGCGCUUUUGAAUAAUCCUUCGUCCGAACAACGUAAUAAUGCUUCUGAGGAAUCAAAUCAGCAAAGCGUUAGCGCUCAAGUUCACAGAGAGGCCGAUCUUGAAGAAACUGAACAUCCUUCCAUAACACAUUCCACAAAUGUAGAAAGCUGCAAUGAACAAGACACAUUCCGUGACUUAAGUGUGAGCGAUAUUAGUGACGAAGAAUUCGAAAAUCAAGCUGAUGGAUUCCUUAGCAAAAAAGGUUAUGAAAAUGCAAGUUUUGAAGAGGAACCUUCAUCAUCAUCAUUGUCAUCUAUUAAAAAAACUAUGCCUAUAAAUAAAACCAAAGAACCUGAAUGCCUUCAUAGACUUCUUACAAAAUAG